AUGUCAUUUAUAAUUCCAAAUAAUACUAAUACUAAUAAUACGAUAAAUAAUUCUAGUCAACAACAACAAAUUGUUUCAUCAUCAAAUAUAUUUUCAUCAACACCAACAAGUGGAAUGACAACAUCAAUUAAUUUAAAUGUUAUAAAUACACAAACAAAUUCAACAUCAAAUAUAUCAAUAUCAUCUGGACAAACAACAUCACAACAACAACAACAACGUUUAACAUUUCCUCAACGAACAACAUCAUCAACACCAUCAUCAUUAUCACAAUCUUAA